GACACGCAAACACACGCAAACGCAUAUAUUAGCAUAGUAUAUACCGGUACUUUAACUAUUGAAUCGAUUGCAUUUUUUCUACAGCAAAGUAGAUUCUUCUUUUUAUAUUUAGUAUUUAGCUAUAUUGCCAUGGAGAAAGAAAACCCGGGGAACGACAAAAAGAGUGAGCAGGUCGAAGAACAAGCUCAAUAUCAAAUACCUAAAGACAAAGAUGAUAAAGAUUUUGGUAAAGAAGCAUCAAACAUAAAAUUAAAAACUGAAGAUGGAGUUCAGCAGACUGAAACAGUGACAGUUCAAGAAGAAAACAGCGUCUUCAAAGCAAUGGCUCUUCCAUGCUACCCAGGUGCUGUUGUUGAAAAUCCUGGCCCGGAUAAUUGUGAAAUAAUGAAAGUGUUAGAAAACAUACAACAACAAUUGAAUGCGUUAACCACAACUGUUGCUAACAUUCAGCGUGAUGCUGUACUUGCAAGGCAACCAGCUAUAAGGCCACCUCCUCCUGAUCCAUUAGCUAUUGCUGGACCUUCAUUACCAUUAUCUGGAGAUCAGUCACAACAAUUUCAGGGAGAUGAAGAGUGGGCCAUAUUGUUACCACUAGCAGAGCAAUUGGCAACUGGACCACCACCAGUUGGAAAUCGUCCUUCCAGCGCAUCAGCAUCCGGUGGUUUGAGUAUACAACCAUCGCAGGCACGGGAUCCUAUUCAUGUAAAUCGUCUUGCAGACGCAUCAGCUUCCGGUGGUGUGUGUAUACAGGCAGCAGCUUCUAUUUCUGGAAAUCUCCCUGCAUUGUCAAAUAGUUGUAAUGUUGAUUCGUUUGUUGAACAGUCUCAAGAAGUCCAACGACCUUCUGGCAUCUCUCCGUUAGUUAGUUCUGUACGAUCUGCCGCACACCGUAGAUUCAAUCGCGAUCGAUGUAAUCCUUUUUAAUCCUUUUAACAGUUGGACACGAAACGGACGUACGGGAUUAAAAAUUAUUGUUGUUCUUCAGUGAAAAAUUCAGUUUCAGUAUAAUGGCGUCACCCUGUAGCCAAUUAGUUGUUAUGUAACUACAAAACUACACCAAAUUGGCCCAAUUCGUGAGAAACUCAUGAAAACCAAAAUUAAUUAUUCCCGUUAUAGCAAUUAUCAAUUUCUCAAAAUCCAAUUUCAAGAUUUAAUAGCAUUUCGGUGCCAUCCCAUGUAAAAAUAAAAUUUAUUUCCAGUAAUAUUCCAAUAACGUAAAUUCGAAAUAUCUUGUUAAAACCAAAUUAUCCACUUGAGAACAAUUUUUUACAUCUCAUAAUUGGAGUAAGUACGUGACCAGGAACAC